GAACAUUUCGAAUUAAAGAGUUGAAAAGGUUUGUUUUUAGAGAAAUUUAGGCUUUUGGCCGGAGAAAAAUCUGGGUGAAGCUUGGUCCUUUGCGUGACGAGAAUCGCCCCCGACGCAAAACCAGAUUACUCAAUCUACUCUGCUGAGUCGACUCACUCCGAGUCUCUUCACCACCAUCAGGGACCAUGAAUCGGCUGAGAGGCCGAGGGACAUCGAUUCUGGGUUACGCAGUUGUGCCUCAGCUGAAGAAAAAAGCCCAAAAUUCAUUGGUCGCUAUCCACGAUUCCUAUCUCUCCACCAAGGACUUGUUCGAGAGGCACAGGGUCGUGUUUACAGUUGGAACCUCUAUAGCAUCAGUUGCUACGGCUUGUAUUGGUUAUUCAUUACGCCAUUACAAUGAAACCAGAAUCAAUCAGAGGCUGGAGUCGAUUGAGAAUGCGAUGAAAAACACACAUGAGUUGGAACGAGGAGAACUAAAGAAGCUCGUUGAUCCAGUGGGUUCCAGGUUCGCUUCAACAAUUGCCACGGCUGGAACCACAUUGAUCCUCGGGUAUGGAUUGGGUUGGCGAGGCGGGGUAUGGUAUGCAAACAGGAAGUUUAGAAGGGAACAAAUGAGAUUGGCUGGGCAGUUAAAACCGAGAGAAUGGAAGUUGUUAGGCAGAAUCAAACAACACAGAGCUUGGCCUACGACAAAGUUCCUCAGACGACCAUUCCCAAGGCAGAACAAAACAACAGAAAGUGCUUUGAAAACACCAGAAGAGAGUGCGGGUUGAAAGAUUCGAAAACCUGUUUUGUUCACAGUGGAGUAACAAUUCAAAGCAAUAGCUGAUCGAAACAUGUUUCGAUUGAUUAUUUUUUUUACUCUCUGUCGAAUCUUGACAUUGAUCUAAGUGUACACAUCGGUGUUGUCAUGAAGCCAAAGGCUCUUCUGUCUUUGUUCCUUGUUUUUUUUUUUUUUUUGCCGUCUCUGUCUUUGUUCCUUGUUAGUGAGGAUUGUAUAUGUAAUUUUCAAUUUUUAAACCAGAAAUAAUGUGUAUUUUAAUCAUAUAUAAUCAUUAUUAUUUUGU